GCCGCGGACACGUCCCUGUUGCCGCCCUGCCCGCCGCCCGGGCCGUCCGCCUGCCCGUAGCCAUGAGCGCACUCCGCCCGGGCCGAGCCCGCCACCCCCUGGACUAGUUCUGCCGCCGCCCGGACCCGCCCGCACCAUGGAGUCUACUGCCCCGAGCCCGCCUGCCGGCGUGCCCACGUCCAAAGGAAAGUCCAGGAGGAAAAAGGAUUUACGAAUCUCCUGCAUGUCCAAGCCGCCGGCGCCCAGCCCCACGCUCCCCCGGAACCUGGACUCCCGGGCUUUCAUCACCAUUGGAGACAGGAACUUUGAGGUGGAGGCGGAUGACCUGGUGACCAUUUCAGAGCUGGGCCGAGGUGCCUAUGGGGUGGUGGAGAAGGUGCGGCAUGCCCAGAGUGGCACCAUCAUGGCCGUGAAGCGCAUCCGAGCCACCGUGAACUCUCAGGAGCAGAAGCGCCUGCUCAUGGACCUGGAUGUCAACAUGCGCACGGUGGACUGUUUCUAUACCGUCACCUUCUACGGGGCCCUCUUUAGAGAGGGAGAUGUGUGGAUCUGCAUGGAGCUCAUGGACACGUCCCUGGACAAGUUCUAUCGGAAGGUGCUAGACAAGGGCAUGACGAUUCCAGAAGACAUUCUUGGGGAGAUCGCUGUGUCUAUCGUGAGGGCCCUGGAACAUCUGCACAGCAAGCUGUCCGUGAUCCACAGAGACGUGAAGCCGUCCAACGUCCUUAUCAACAAGGAGGGCCACGUGAAGAUGUGUGACUUUGGGAUCAGUGGUUACUUGGUGGAUUCUGUGGCUAAGACAAUGGAUGCUGGCUGCAAACCCUACAUGGCCCCCGAGAGAAUCAACCCAGAGCUGAACCAGAAAGGCUACAAUGUCAAGUCUGAUGUCUGGAGCCUCGGCAUCACCAUGAUUGAGAUGGCCAUUCUGCGAUUUCCUUACGAGUCCUGGGGGACCCCCUUCCAGCAGCUGAAGCAGGUGGUAGAGGAGCCGUCCCCCCAGCUCCCAGCUGACCGUUUCUCGCCUGAGUUUGUGGACUUUACUGCACAGUGCUAUGUGCUGUGGCCGGAGAGACGCCCAAGGGAGAAUUCACAGCCUUUCCUUCUUUCACUGGAAAAGAAGAAAGUCUUAAAACAGCCUGAGAAAGAACCCCGCGGAACGCAUGAGCUACCUGGAGCUGAUGGAGCACCCUUUCUUCACCUCGCACAAAACCAAGAAGACUGACAUCGCUGCCUUCGUGAAGGAGAUCCUGGGAGAGGACUCGUAGGGGCAGGGUUUGGACCUGCUCCAACCCUCUGUUGGGGCAGUGCUUGCCCACACCCAUAAGCUACUGCCGCCCUGGCCUUGGGCACCCAAGAGGAAUCCAGGGGGCUGCUCCUGCCUGACAGGCAAGGUCCCAAGUGCCAAAGAACCAGACCAUCGGGGACCCCCAGUGCCUCUGCCCCUGCUGCUCCAAGGACCCCAAGACUCUGGACUUGGAGGGCCCUGAUGCCCCUCACAGAGAAGGCAACCCUGCCUUGUGCAGGCCACUGCCUUGGCCCAGCCCUGGAUACCACCCAAGUUGUAUAUUUUUUUAUCUCUGAAUGGACUGAAUGGACUUUGCACACUUGGCCUAGGCUGGCCACACCUCUGUCCCGGCAUUGGUUGGGGGACCCAGCAUGGGAAUGAGCCACGUGAAUUCCCUGGAGCCCCCACAAGGCAGGUGCCAGAGCCGCCGAGGCCUUCACCCCAGCACUGGCAGAUGGGGCGCUAAGGGCACUGGGGUCACCUUGCCCUUGCCUGCCGCCUCUAGGGGUGUUGUUUCACCUUUAUUUUUUUAAUUUAUCUUCCUGAUUUUUUCUUUCGCUUUGUGGGUUUGGCUGGUUUUUCUUGCAUGGUUUGGAGCUGAUCACUUUUCUGUCACCUGCUAGGGGACCAGCAGGCUAAGACCUGCCCUGUCUGCUCAGGCUGGGGUCUUGGGAGAUGGGCCUAAGGUCUCCACUCAGAGAGGUGCUAGGGGAACCAUCCAGCUCAUUCUCCUUGGGGACCGGCUCGACAGGGGCUGUGGAUUUGCUUUUGGUAUUGUUUAAAAAAAUAUAUAUAUAUUUUUUUUGAAGAAAGGACUGCCUGUCCAGGGUCCUGUCCCUGAUGGGUUGGGGCAGUUGGCUGAUUGCUGUUUUAAUUAAAAAAAAAAAAAAG